AUGUCGGUGGCCGAAAUCUUCUCCGACGCACAACGAUCCUUGGUCGGCCACAAGACACUGGCGAAGCGUCUGCGCCGGCUCGAAGAAACGCCUACCUUCGAGACACACAUGAAGCAAUGUAUAUUCCGGCUGUUGGACGUCAGCAAGUCCGAAAUUGCUGGCAGCCGGGUCAUCAAGUUUCUCACCGUAUAUUUCGACUCGGCCGACGGAUCACGACGUCCUACGUCCUCGAUCUUACUGGCGCUGCUCCCUUACUUAUGCGCCAAAGACAAAACAGUGCGAUACCGAGCCACGCAGAUCGUGUCGCAGAUUUUUGGAGUGCUAGGUCAGAUUGACGACGAUCUGUACAAGGUCAUCCGACAUGAAAUGAUCAAGCGUCUACGGGACAAAGUGCCCGCGAUCCGACUGGAGGCUGUCCUGGCGCUCGGCCGGUUUCUCGAGGAUGAAAUGGAUCACGAGGAAGAAGAGCAGGACUCGGACGAAGACGUGGCUCCUGGCCUUUUGGAUAAACUAUUGGAUGUACUACAGAAUGAUACCAAUGCCGACGUGAGAAGAGCGCUAUUGAAAUUGCCCGUCACCGCAAAGACCUUGCCCUAUCUUUUGGAGAGGGCCCGAGACAGAGACGCACCCACUCGACGAACGCUGUAUUCCAAUGUAUUGACGAAACUGGGCGACUUUCGACACUUGUCUUUGUCCAUGCGGGAGAAAUUGCUGCGAUGGGGUUUGAGAGAUCGCGACGAGAAGGUCCGCAAGGCAGCGGCGCGGCUGUUCAGAGAGCAUUGGAUCGAAGACUGCGCGGCGUCAACCGACGAAGAGACUUUGACCGAGGGCGAUCGAAUGGACGACGCCGAUGGAGAUGGAGGAGCGAAGGCCGCGAAACCAGAAAAGAGAGGGUUUCACAAGCCCAGCAUUCCAGCCCUAGUGGAGCUUUUGGAACGGAUCGACACUCUGAAUACGGGCCAUGAAGAUGGCAUUGCACGAGAAGCCAUGAAGGAGUUCUGGGCCGGUCGCCCCGACUAUCGUGAAGCCGUAGUCCUUGAUGACGAAUUCUGGGACACGCUGACUCCCGAAUCAGCCUUCAUGGCCCGCACAUUCAACGAUUACUGUCUGCAAGAUCCCGACUGUCUCGCGAUGCUGGACGACAAGAUGCCCGAAGUGACGCGGCUAGGAUUCCACCUGCAAAAACACAUCAACGAGCUCCUCGUCAAGGUUCAAAGCGCGAACGAACAUGACUCGGACGAGAAGGCUGCCGAGCAGGCGGAGCAGGAGUUUAUCGUCGAACAGCUCCUCUACAUCGCCCAGACCCUAGACUAUACCGACGAAGUCGGCCGGCGCAAGAUGUUUUCUCUACUCCGGCACGCUCUGUCAAUGGCCGAUUUGCCGGAAGAAUGUACCCGGCUAACGGUAGAAGCGUUGCGGUUGGUCUGUAACCCUGACGCGGCAGGCGAGAGGGAAUUUACCUCUGUGGUCAUCGAAGCCAUCGCGGAAGUACACGAUAAUAUCGCGUCUUCCGAGGCCGAAAGUGAGGGCGAGGGCGAGGAGAACGACGACAACGACAGUUUCGUCUCGGCACGCAGCGAAGUCAGUAAUGGAGGCCACUCUUCUUCCGACUCAAUGACUACGACACCGAGGAACGGUGCGGCGGCGGCGGCUGAUUCCAGUGGUGUCAAAAACAAACGGGGUGGAAAGACCAACAAGAAGAAUCUCACCGAAGAAGAACAAGAAGCUCAGGCCAUCAAGGAGAUUGUCAUCAACAUGAAAUGUCUACAUAUUGCGCAAUGCAUGCUGCAGAAUGUGACGGGCAAUCUUCAGACCAACGUCCACCUCCGCAGCAUGUUCGACAACCUGGUGAUUCCGGCGGUGCGGUCUCACGAGAUCCUCAUCCGCGAACGCGGUGUCCAGUGUCUCGGGCUAUGUUGUCUGCUGGAGCCGAAACUGGCCGAUGAGAAUAUGCGGCUGUUUACCCAUCUGCUGAAAAAGGGCCACGACACUUUGCAGGUCGUGGCGCUGCAGAUUCUGUGUGAUAUCCUGCUGGCAAGAGGACCGCCACAGCCACAACAGCAUCAACAAGACACUACUCAUGGUGGUGAUGGUAGUGGUACGGCUGGGGCCGAUGCUGAUACCGAGGCUAAUGCUGCUGCCGCCGCUGCCAACACCGCCAACAUGACAUCUCUCCUGUCGCCCUUCAUCAAGGCUUUAUCCCAUUCGUUCCCCGACGACGUCCGGCUCACGGCCACCACGAGUCUGUGCAAGCUCAUGCUGUGUGGGUUCUACAAGGACAACGACGACCUGUUUGAUCAGAUUGUCGAGCGGGCCAUCCAGGUCGCGGCCAAGGGGUGGGAGUUGUUGGAAAAGGUCCGCAAUGCCGUCAUGGUCGGCGAUCGGCAUAAGAAUAAGGACAAGGAAGAGAAGACUACUAGUACUCGUGAAAGAGAAAGAGAACGUGAGAGUACCGUUCUGAUUGCCGGCGGUGGUGGUACCACUAUGACUUCCGGCAGGAUCAGCUCGGGGAGUGCUGGAUCUGGAUCUUUGGGGAGGUUGAGUGGUGGUGAGGGUAUUGACGCUGUUUGA